UCUGUCCAAUCUCAGCUGCGAAGCCGGCCAGCCAUGAGGGUCUACUACCUUCUCUUUGCAUUACUCUUCUUGUUCUUGCUUCCUGUUCCAGGCAGUGGAGGAGUCAUAAAGAGGUAUUAUUGCAAAAUAAGAGGCGGCCGGUGUGCUCUGCUUGGCUGCCUGCCAAAGGAGGAACAGAUAGGCCACUGUUCCGUGAGCGGCCGAAAGUGUUGCCGAAAGAGGAAAUGAAAAAUCCAGAAGCACAAUGAGAAGGUUGCCAAGUGUGAAAAUGCCUCCUUGAAGUCUAUAGACGCCAAAUCCAAUUAAAGACUUUUUACCAAAAAAAGUUAGAAGCUUGAUUUUAUCUUCUUGAAAUUCUGGUUAUUGUGCUAGUUGCUACCAAACAGGCAACUUAGAAAGUGUCAGUGACUCACCUUGAAUUCAAGUAAUGUAUAAUCGCUAGAACAAUCCACAAGAGGAUCCAAACCGAUGUUGCAAGGCUGAUCAUAUUUUCUUCCUCUUUUGCACAUUUUCCACCCCAGUGACACUGGACUCCUGCUAUUCCUGAAAUAUUUUCUCUGCUUUCUUGUCACCCAUUUUGAGCCUUCCAGGUCCUCUCUAUGCUAUAGCAUCUCCCCAUCAAAUCUGUCUCUGAAACGUCAACGCAUCCCUCAGGGGUUUUCCCAGGUCCUCUGAACACUUUACACCUUAAAGAAAUGGGGAGCCCGGCUCUUCCUCAGCCAUUCCACGGCCUUUCCUCUCACCCUUGCCUCUGCUCUGGCUGACCUGAUGCCUGGCAUACAAUCUCUCCUCAGCUUUGUCUCCAAACCUUAACCCAUCUCUCAAGGGCCAUCUCAAAUUCUACCUCCUUCUUGAAAACACAGCUGAUUGCCCAAACAAAUAUAAUCUUUCCUCUGAUUCACCACAGGGUUCUGACUUAAGAGCUCCGUCUAUGAGUCUGGCUUGGUUUUUGCAUUGCAUACAUUUGCCUAUUUCCAAUUUCCAUGUUUGGUUCCAGGUUUUUGAAGGGCAAGGAUCUUGUCUUAGUCACUUCUGGCCCUAGUGUCUUGACACAAUAGCUGCUCAACAAGGGUUUAUGGAGUUGAAGUACAUUCCAAGGCCUUGGAGCCAUUGCAUCAACUAACUGUUUAGUGGUCUCUCGAGGUCAGUACAGAAUGAUUCCAGCCAAUGGGGUGGGAGGCCUAUCAUCCCCAACUCUAGCCCCCAGUCAAGGCUCUUAGGAAGAGGGGAGCGGACACUAAAGACAAGAGCUUGGACCCCAUGAUUCAUCGUAAAAAAAUGAACUGCUACGGGAACUGCCCUCCUACAGUAUACAACUAAGGAACCAGACAGAAGGUGUGAAAUCACUGUUUCAGACACUGGAUGCAAGCCGUGCAGGAACAUGAUUGAGGAGAGAUGAGAACAGGUGAGGUGAAAUGUAUGAAGUCUCCAGCCUCUACAGGAGACAGAUCUCUAGGCUAAAGCAUAGGGAGGAAGAACCCAAACAGACCAGCAAUUAUCUGAGUCGAAGAGACUGGUGUCACAGGUCAAACAGCACAGGGCAUCCUCAUUUCCGGGACAGAAUACCAGCAAGGGGCAUCAGGAUGGGGGUGGAGCUCCUGAGAGUAUAUGGGAAACCUCUGUACCUUUCAUUCAAUUCUAAAACUGCUCUAAAAAAAUGAAGCUUAUUUUUUUUCAAAUAAGGUAAAAAAAUAACAACAACAUGCGAAAAAGAUUCCUGAGCAGCAAACCUGUUCUAUAUUAAAAAAAUAUUCAGGCAGAAGGAAAAUGAUACCACUUGGAAAUUAGGCUCUGCAUGAUGGAAUGAAGUGUGAUGCUAAGAUCCUAGACACUUUCUUAAGGAGAGAGAUGGUUAUUUUGUUAGGGAACCGCUGACCAAAACUGCACUCCCUGGCCGGGCAAGAUAGUAAGCACUGGCAUGAGUUAUCUUACAAUAGGAGGUCCUGGUAAGGAAGGAGGAACUAACAAGCUACGACCAACUGGAAGAAUUAAGGGAAGGUCAAAAGGAGAGAGGAGACACCAGUCCAUAUGUCCUACCAACCUCCCAGAAUCCUUCUCUCUGGAAUUCGUCUUGGCUGAGCAAUGCAUGCACCACCAGGAAGGACCGAGUCAGCACGGUUGGCCAGAGACAACCUGGAAAUGAACCCCAUCACCAUAAGACCUGAGACUGUGAGCCACGUGGCACAGCAGUCCUGCUGGGUUCCCUCACCCUCUGCUUCCCCUCCGGGUGUCCCUUUCCAAUGCAGUUUCUUGCUUUGUCAGCACGUGUGUCUCCUCGGACAAUUCAAAUCCGAGUGUUAGACAAGAACCCACUCUCGGGCCCUGAAAGGGGUCCCUCUGAUCUUAUCUGACUGAGUGUUCUAAACCCUUUUUGAUAAUUUUUGACAAAACUUCCCAAAUCAAACUGUAAUGAAGUUUCUUUGACCUCUAGUUAAUUUUGGGAUGCCUCAAAGGACCCCUGAAACAUCCCAAAGAGAGAUAUUAAACUAAUUAGGUUUAUUUGGCAUGUUAAAUUAGAUGGGAAGUGUUGUCAAAUGAGUAAUAAAUCUUUUUAGGUUAUAUUGUAUGGUGAAUGUUACUAAUAUAGAUAUUCUAGAAAUUAUAUGGUAUUCCUAAAAAUCUGAUUUAUCCUGAUAAAAUGCUAUCAGUCAUAAUUCUAGUUAUUAUCUUAAAGUGUUGUAUGUCACAAUAGUAACCAAGUUUCUUUGUUAAUUGCAUUGUAAUUGGAUUUUAAACGUGCCUUCUUAAUUCUUUUGUCAUUAUAUACAGUUAUGGUUUUAUUCUAAUGUCUUUGCAAAAAUGCUUCCUCUUCAAGAAGAUUUAUAGAAAGGACUUUUGGAUAAAUACGAGUUUCUGACUUUCAGGCCAUAAAGUUGAAUGGGGUAAGAAAUUGAAAAAUUCUAAUGGGAAACCUGAUGGCUUCAUAAAGCUGUUAAACAGAAAGGAUCAGUUACAUAGGACUGAGUGAACUGGUGAAUAUGGUUAUAAUUUUUAUGGUUUCUAUCUGAAAAAUUACUGGUUUAAAUCUGUGUUUUCCAGGUGUAAGGAAAAACCUCCCUUCAAACUGACAUAGUAAUUUGGUAAAUUAUACAUCUGUAAGCAGAAUUGAAACAUUUAUCUUUUCUCUCUUUCUGCUUCCUCCAGAAAUUGGAAACUCUUAGGUUCCCAGCAGCUUUGUCAGAUAAAUUAGGAAGGCUACCUCACUAACAGGUACAGAAAUCUCAAGAUGUUUUGGUGACCCUGAAAAGGGACGAAUUCACCUAGAUCUGUUAGGCAAAAUCUGUGAUAAGCCCUUGGCUAGACUUUCCUUGCCUGGAGAGGUCUUUUAGAAGUGCACACUGAGACUCCUUAUAGAAGUUUCAGCAAAACAAAAAAAAAGCAAAUCAAAAUCUAUAUGGUUAUAUAAAUCAUCAGGCCAAGUUUAUUGAGACCAGACCUAUUUUGCAAACAAACUAGUCUUAAUUUGGUUAUAUUUGGUAAAAAUGAGUGUAAUCUUAGAGAGGAAAAGAUUAUGUUUCAGUGAAUAUUAAAUUCCAGUUUUGUUAAUGGAGGUCUGAAUUUACUAAGACUCACCUCCCAGAUAGUUCCUUGCUGUUAUAUUAAUGAAAAGUUUAAUUGAAUUAUUAAAAGGACACUCUAAGUUUGUUUCUGAAAGCUUAUCUCAGUAAUCUAUCUUUGGAUGAAGAUCAAGUGCCCCACGACCUGCAGCCAGGUGAUUAUGCAUGCUGAAAAAGACAUAAUUUAAAGGACUAUCUCCAACCUAGAUGGAAGGACACUUCUCAGGUACUCUUAACUAGCUUAUGCACAGUGAACCUGAAGGGAAUUGACUCUUGGAUUAAUUUCCACCCACAAAGGGCCCCUGCACUGGACUGGCCUAUAGAGAGGAUGGCUGACCUCAAAAUCCCCUUAAAACAACACUCAAACAGAGGAGAAACUACACUCACACCAGGAUGAGAAGAAGAUGACAUCAGAAGUAGACAGCUUGCCCAAGAUCCUGGACCUGACUGGUAUGAUCAUUUAUAAUGUUUUUAUGACUUCUUGGACACUUGCAUGUGAAUCAAAUGUUUUCCUAUCAUGGGCACGAUCCUAUGCUAGUUUUAAGAAUCAGUCCAGAGGGAAGACAGCAGUAUCAAGCAGUAUCAGCAGUGUUUCGUCUUGUGGAAAUGAAAAACACAGCCACAAAAAGAUAGAGAAAAUGAAAAAGCAGAGGACUUUGUACCAGAUGAAGGGACAGGAUAAAACACCAGAAAAACAACUCAAUGAAGAGGAGAUAGGCACACUUACAGGAAAAGAAUUCAGAAUAAUGAUGGUGAAGAUGAUCCAGGACUUUGAAAAAAGACUGAAUGCAAAGAUCAAAAAGUGUACCAAAGACCUAGAAGAAUUAAAGAGCAAACAAACAGAGAUAUGCAACACAAUAACGGAAAUGAAAAAUACCCUAGAAGGAACCAAUAGCAGAUUAACUGAGGCAGAAGGGCGAAUGAGUGACCUGGAAGACAGAAUGGUGAUAAUCAUUGAUGCGGAAAAGAAUAAGGAAAAAAGAAUGAAAAGAACUGAAGACAACCUAAGAGACCUCUGGGACAAUGUUAAACGCACCAACAUUUGCAUUGUAGGGGUCCCAGAAGGAGAAGAGAGAGAGAAAGGACCCGAGAAAAUAUUGGAAAAGAUUAUAGUUGAAAACUUCCCUAACAUGGGAAAGGAAAUAGCUACCCAAGUCCAGGAAGUGCAGAGAGUCCCAGGCAGGAUAAACCCAAGGAGAAACACGCCAAGACAUAUAGUCAUCAAAUUGACAAAAAUUAAAGACAGAGAAAAGUUAUUAAAAGCAACAAGGGAAAAAUGACAAAUAACAUACAGGGGAACACCCAUCAGGUUAACAGCUGAUUUCUCAGCAGAAACUCUGCAAGCCAGAAGGGAGUGGCACGAUAUAUUUCAAGUGAUGGCAGGGAAGAACCUACAACCAAGAAUACUCUACCCAGCAAGGAUCUCAUUCAGACUUGACGGGGAAAUCCAAAGCUUUACAGAUAAGCAACAGCUAAGAGAAUUUAGCACCACCAAACCAGCCUUACAACAAAUGCUAAAGGAACUUCUCUAAGCAGGAAACAUAAGAGAAGAAAAGGAUCUACAAAAACAAAAACAAAACAAUUAAGAAAAUGGUCAUAGGAACAUACAUAUCAAUAAUUACCUUGAAGGUAAAUGGACUAAAUGCACCAACCAAAAGACACAGACUGGCUGAAUGGAUACAAAAACAAGACCCAUAUGUAUGCUGUCUACAAGAGACCCACUUCAGACCUAGGCACACAUACAGACAGAAAUUGAGGGGAUGGAAAAUGAUAUUCCAUGUAAAUGGAAAUCAAAAGAAAGCUGGAGUAGCAAUACUCAUAUCAGAUAAAAUAGACUUUAAAAUAAAAAGUGUUACAAGAGACAAGAAAGGACAUUACAUAAAGAUCAAGGGAUCCCUCCAAGAAGAGGAGAUAACAAUUAUAAAUAUAUAUGCUCCCAAUAUAGGAGCACCUCAAUACAUAAGGCAAAUGCUAACAACUAUGAAAGAGUAAAUGCAAGGCAGAAAUAGAGACACAGUGUAGAGAACAAACACAUGGACACCAAGUGGGGAAAGCAGGGAGGGUUGGGGGGGAAUAAUAAAAAAAAAAAAAUCAGUCCAACUGUUCGGUUUGUGGCCAAUUGCCUGUGUCUAGUACUUCUGGGUUACCUUGGUAGAUUUCUCUACUCCAAGGCUUUACUUGGUUAGCCCUUAGGAAAUUUAUUUUAAAGAAAAAAUUAUAGUCCUGUUCAAGCCACUGUUGAUAUUAUUAGCUGGGAUCCCCUCAUCUAGCCAAUUAAUAAUACCUGCUCCAACUCUGGCCAUAAAUAUAAAUUUUCCUCUAUUACUCAAGCUCAGUCAGAGCAACAAGCAAAAUCUCAUAUCAAUGAUUGUCAUAGUAUAACUCUAGAUAUGGGAGGAAGCCACAGAGGGGAUAUUUCCCUGGACCAAAAUAGACUAGUAAGAUAGGUGGCCCAGAGAUUUUGGCUACAAGUAAGGCCUAGCCCAGUAAUAGCACACUGAGUAGCCUAUCACCAAAAUCCUCACCAGACCUGAGAAUGAGCAUUCCUAGCACUGUGGGGUGAAAUGGUCAUAACAUACCUCCCAAAGCAUGGUAGAAUUUAUGACCACGAGAGGUCCUAUCAGCUACAAUUGGCACUUGCCAUUGGUACUUGCCAUCUGCCUCUACAAGAAUUAAAUCAUGAGCCACUGCAACUGCUGACCUCCUGAAAGGAGUUCAGGGUGGAGAUCAGGAAUGAGGCACUCUGUGCCCUGGGAAAACUAGCAGAACAGGCCUUCAGAUAGUUAGAUACUUUCAGAAGAAGAUUUUAUAAGCCCAAAUUCUUGCAUCUUCUCAUAUCUAGAAAAGCACUAAAAUCUUUAACGGUGACAUCUGCUUUGGCCAUUGAGGAGAGCAAUGCAAUUGAAAGUCAAAGUGGAGUAGCUGUGGUUCAGACAUCCAAUGUGAUUCAGGCAUUAUGGACAUGAUUUCAGACAAGUCCUUGUAUUGCUAAGAACUUGAAUUUUCUGAGCUGUGUCAGACUUGGGAUGUGAGCAGCCAUUCUCAAAACAAUGUCCCUGGCAGCUGGUAGCUGUAACCUUAUGGUUUCAAGGUAUCCUCUAGAACUAUUAAAUUUUUAGGCAAUGAAUUUGCUUUAGAUCAGAUAUUAGUGAAAAAAAAAAAAAAAAAAAAAGGAGAUGAUGUGUAGCGGCCAAUAGCUCCUGUUAUAUAUAUGUUAACACCACAUCCGAAGUUAAAACCUGCUUAAAUACAAGUAAACAACUGGCUACCUAGCUAUACGUCUCCCCAGGGUGUGAGGUCCAGACUGGGUUUCAGGCUUACACUUCUGAUGUUUUCAGGGAAUGAGAUUCAUUUUGUCUAUUAAAAUUCCAGUUGUCACUCCUCCAACUACUUCUAGUUGUGUCUGUUACAUCAAAAUGGCCAACAAAGGGAUUGAGAUUUUCAUCAUACAAGACUCAGAUCCAGGACUUGGCACUCAGAAAUAUUUCCAAGUCAGUGUCUAUUCUCCAGGAAUGGGGCAGGACUACACCCCAUUUAAGCAGGGAGUGGCCAGAGCCAUCAUUGUGCAGCUCCCUGAAUUGAAACUGAGCAGGACUCUGUGGGGCUCCAGAGUACAGAUCUUCUCUGUGUUCCCUGUUUCUUGUUUGUAGAUUAUAGGCUGCAUUCAGCCUCCUUGACCUUCCCUGAGUUCCAAACAGCAGAUUCAAACAGUUGCUAAUCAGGAAAGGGAGGGGAUGUAGA